AUGAGCCGCUUGUCCAUCGUCCUGCUAACAGUGCUGGCCAUCGCCACUUUCCUGGCCACCGCCCACGCUCAAAGGAACUACUUCGUGGGCCGUCCAUUCCACUUCCCCUACGAUCCCCACCACGACGCCUUCAAGCAGUUCGUGGGUCCGCUCCUCGACCCCAAGGACGGCGUCAUCGUGUUCGACUUCACCGUCCUCCCCUGA